GCCAUGCCCCUCAGCCCCUUCCGCCGCCUCCUACUUGCUUCCCUGCUGCUGGUGAUGUUGUGGACGCUCUUCGGGCCCUCGGGGGUUGGGGAGGAACUGCUGAGCCUCUCAUUAGCAUCUUUCCUCCCGGCCCCCGCCUCACCAGGACCUCCCUUAGAUCUGCCGCGCCUUUUGAUCCCCAACCAGGAGGCGUGCAGGGUUCCAGGCGCCCCACCUUUCUUGCUGAUUUUGGUGUGCUCAGCUCCAGGGAAUCUGAACCAGAGGAAUGCCAUUCGGGCCUCGUGGGGUGGGCUGCAUGAGGCACGGGGCCUCCGGGUGCAGACGCUCUUCCUGCUAGGAGAACCCAGCAGGCAGCAAGAGAACUACUUGGCCCAGGAGUCAGUGGCCAGGGCGGACAUCUUGCAGGCUGCCUUCCAGGACUCCUACCGCAACCUCACCCUCAAGACCCUCAGUGGGCUGAACUGGGCAGAUAAAUACUGCCCCAUGGCCCGCUACAUCCUCAAGACCGAUGAUGAUGUUUAUGUCAACGUUCCUGAGCUGGUGUCUGAACUGAUUCUGCGAGGAGGCCCUCCGGAAAGAUGGGACAGAGGUCUGGAACCCCACAAAAAGGGCAACGUUAUAAAUGAACAGCAGAAAGGUGGCCAGGCCUCAAGGAGAGAUAAAGUGCCUCUCCUGUACCUGGGCCGAGUGCAUUGGAGAGCUAGCCCCUCUCGGGCCCCGGGGAGCCGGCACAGAGUGUCCGAGGAGCAGUGGCCUGACACCUGGGGUCCUUUUCCACCAUAUGCCUCAGGCACAGGGUACGUGCUGUCUGCUUCUGCUGUACAGCUCAUACUCAAGUUGGCCAGUGGAGCACCCCUUCUGCCACUAGAGGAUGUGUUUGUAGGGGUAAGUGCUCGCCGAGGAGGCCUCACCCCAACCCAUUCAGUCAAGCUGGCUGGUGCCACCCACUACCCCUUGGACAGGUGCUGCUAUGGGAAAUUCCUGCUGACAUCCCACAAGUUGGAUCCCUGGAAGAUGCAGGAAGCCUGGAAGCUACUGCAUGGAUUACAUGGGGAAAGAACUGCACCUUUUUGCUCCUGGCUUCAGGGAUUCCUGGGCAUCCUGCGGUGUCGGUUCAUGGCCUGGCUUCAUAGUUGACAAUGCUUGGAGCUGUCAGAGUAAGGAGCCACCAGUCCAGCCAGCACCAAGACCUCUUUCAGGCCCUAAGGGCUCUUGUUGGCUAAAGCGGAUUAACUUCCUCAUACCAGACUGAGUCUGUCUCCAGAUAGGAGCUUGGAGUUUGGCUUUCCAGCCCCAAAGCUGGUCACCAGAUAUACAAUAAUAAAAAUCCUGGGAUUGUUCCAUUUCCUGAGCCAGGGAAAAAGAGGGGCAUGUGCUCCUCAAUAAAACUUGCU